GGAGCGGCUGUACAUUGUCAAGAACAUGGCGGCUUCCAGGCAGGCAUGAGAGUGGAUACUUCUUAACAAAUUUGGAUGAACCUGGACUAUCAUCUCAAAAACAGACAGUCAAAAGUUAUCCCUGGAUAUUGCAAUACGACUCUCUAAAAGGACAUGACGUCCCCCGGUUCCGUUGUGCCUGGAACCACCGGAGCUGCACUGCAGCCGCGAUGGAAGCGGGUUCUGGGGUGGUCCGGGCCGGUACCCCGACCGAGACACGGACACAGAGCCGUAGCCAUCAAGGAGUUGAUGGUCGUUUUCGGUGGAGGAAACGAAGGAAUCGUUGACGAGUUGCACGUUUAUAAUACUGCAACAAACCAGUGGUUCAUACCAGCUGUUCGUGGAGACAUUCCUCCAGGCUGUGCGGCUUAUGGUUUUGUAUGUGAUGGUACACGACUAUUAGUGUUUGGUGGAAUGGUGGAAUAUGGAAAGUACAGCAAUGACCUUUAUGAGUUACAGGCAAGCAGGUGGGAAUGGAAAAAAUUGAAACCAAAAGCCCCUAAAAAUGGAGCACCACCAUGUCCCCGUCUGGGUCACAGUUUUUCUCUUGUGGGCAACAAGUGCUAUCUUUUUGGGGGGCUUGCCAAUGACAGCGAAGACCCUAAGAACAACAUUCCCAGAUAUUUGAAUGACCUUUAUACCCUCGAACUGCGUCCGGGCUCCAACGUUGUGGGCUGGGAUAUACCGGUCACGUAUGGAGUACUGCCUCCUCCAAGAGAGAGCCACACUGCUGUAAUUUAUACUGAAAAAACUACUAAGAAGUCCCGUCUUGUUAUAUAUGGAGGAAUGAGUGGUUGUCGUUUGGGAGAUCUUUGGACAUUAGAUAUUGAUACGCUGACCUGGAACAAGCCUGCAAUAAGCGGCACUGCUCCCCUCCCCCGUAGCCUCCACUCAGCCACCACUAUUACAAACAAAAUGUAUGUUUUCGGUGGCUGGGUUCCCCUGGUGAUGGAUGAUGUGAAGGUGGCCACACAUGAGAAGGAAUGGAAGUGUACAAACACGCUGGCCUGCCUGAACUUGGAUGCCUUGUCAUGGGAGACCGUUUUGAUGGACACCUUGGAGGACAACAUACCACGUGCACGAGCAGGACAUUGCACUGUUGCCAUUAACAACAGACUUUAUGUCUGGAGUGGACGUGAUGGGUACCGCAAAGCUUGGAACAAUCAGGUGUGCUGCAAAGACUUGUGGUACCUAGAGACGGAGCGACCUAAUCCUCCUUCACGGGUACAGCUCGUCCGGGCCAACACAAAUUCUUUAGAGGUUAGCUGGGGAGCGGUGUCUACAGCGGACAUGUACCUGCUUCAGCUUCAGAAAUAUGAUAUCCCAACAGCGACUGCUGCCACAUCACCAGCCCUCAAUGCAGCUCCCUCCCUCCCUGGAAACUCGCCUAAGAGUCCAGCGCCCGCUGCAGCUGCUCCGUCUGCUCAGAGUCUGCCUCAUAGUGGCAUCACCUUCGUGCCCCAGGCUGCUUCACCCACUGCCUCAGUUUUACCCACCACGCCCGCAAGUCCUCUGGCUGCCUCAACGGCUCGUGGCCCAGCUAUUCUGAAAGUCGCAGCCCCUCAGUCAGGCACCGGGGCAUCGAUUGUCACUGUGCGCCAAGCCAGCCAGGCUGGAAAAUCCCCAGUCACUGUGACAUCACUUCCUGCAGGUGUUCGCAUGGUAGUGCCACCACAGACCACUCAAGGAACGGUCAUCGGCAGCAGCCCCCAGAUGAGUGGAAUGGCAGCUUUGGCUGCAGCUGCUGCAGCCACACAGAAAAUCCCUCCUUCCCCCGGAGCCACUGUUCUCAGUAUGCCGGCUGGGGCUACAAUUGUCAAAACAAUGGCUAUGACACCUGGGUCCACCACUCACCCCACCACAGUUAAAGUGGCAUCACCUGUCAUGGUAAGCAACCCUGCCACUCGCAUGCUGAAGACCGCCGCUGCACAGGUGGGCACUCCGACAGUUUCCAGUUCAAAUACAGGUGCUCGACCCAUCAUCACAGUGCACAAGUCCGGCACAGUUACUGUAGCACAGCAGGCUCAGGUUGUGACCACUAUGGUGGGCGGAGUCACCAAGACCAUCACUCUAGUCAAGAGUCCACUUUCCAUGGGCGGAAACUUGAUCUCUAACUUGGGCAAGAUGGUGUCAAUGGUACAAACCAAACCAGUCCAGACAGCUGCUUUGACUGGACAGGCCUCCUCCAACCCUCUGGCUCAGAUUUUGCAAUCAAAGGGUACCCUUCCACCCGGCACCAUUCUGAAGCUGGUAACAUCUGCGGAUGGAAAACCAACUACCAUAAUUACCACCAGUCAAGCCGGUGGCACAGGAAAUAAGCCCACUAUCUUGGGCAUCAGUGGCAUGUCCCCCACAACCAACAAACCGGGCACUACCACUAUCAUUAAAACAAUCCCAAUGUCUGCUCUACAGCAGGGAGCUGCAGGCGUGACUAGUAGUACUGGGAUGAAGAGCCCCAUUACCAUCUACACCACGAAGGUGAUGACAUCUGGAACAGGAACUCCUGGAAAAUUUAUUACAGCAAUGCCUAAGAUUGGUACAGCAGGUGGCCAGCAAGGCCUAACACAGGUUGUUCUAAAGGGAGCCCCUGGUCAGCCUGGAACCAUUCUUCGCACCAUGCCGAUGGGAGGAGUGCGUCUCGUGUCUCCAGUAUCUGGGGUCAAGCCAACUGUAACCACGCUGGUUGUCAAGGGAACAACUGGUGUAACAACUCUUGGCACAGUCACAGGAACCGUUUCUACUAGCUUAGCUAGAGGAAGCCUAGCCAGUGCCAAUGCCACUCUGUCAAACCCCAUCACCACUCUGGGGACGAUUGCCACCCUCUCCAACCAGGUCAUCAAUGCCACUGCUGUGUCAGCUGCUCAGACCAAUCUGACCACUGUCACCUCCAACAUGCAGCCCACUCAGGUGACUCUCAUUACUACACCCACUGGUGUGGAGGCUCAGCCUGGCCAAGAUCUGCCCGUUUCCUUUCUGGCCUCUCCCACGUCUGAGCAGCCCACCUCUACUGAGUCUGGUGCAGGCGAAGCUUCUGGCACUGUUACUCUAGUGUGCUCCAACCCCCCCUGUGAGACUCAUGAGACGGGCACCACUAACACGGCCACCACAGCGACGGCAAAUAUGGGCACUGGACCAGCUGGCACAGUACAGAGGGUGUGCUCCAACCCGCCCUGCGAAACGCAUGAAACAGGUACAACAAACACUGCCACAACAGCAUCUGCCAACAUGGGUGGUGUUCAGAGGGUCUGCUCGAACCCACCAUGUGAGACCCACGAAACAGGCACCACCAACACAGCAACCACAGCAUCUUCAAGUAUGGGUACUGCUCCUGCUAGCAUAGUGCAGAGAGUUUGCUCAAACCCACCCUGUGAGACCCACGAGACGGGCACCACCAACACGGCCACCACGGCUUCAUCUAACAUGGGCGGAAACCAAACGGGACAGGUGCAGAGAGUUUGCUCAAACCCACCCUGUGAGACCCACGAGACGGGCACCACCAACACGGCCACCACGGCUUCAUCUAACAUGGGCGGAAACCAAACGGGACAGGUGCAGAGAGUUUGCUCAAACCCACCCUGUGAGACCCACGAGACGGGCACCACCAACACGGCCACCACGGCUUCAUCUAACAUGGGCGGAAACCAAACGGGACAGGUGCAGAGAGUUUGCUCAAACCCACCCUGUGAGACCCACGAGACGGGCACCACCAACACGGCCACCACGGCUUCAUCCAACAUGGGCGGAAACCAAACGGGAGAGGUGCAGAGAGUUUGCUCAAACCCACCCUGUGAGACCCACGAGACGGGCACCACCAACACGGCCACCACGGCUUCAUCUAACAUGGGUGGAAACCAAACGGGAGAGGUGCAGAGAGUUUGCUCAAACCCACCCUGUGAGACCCACGAGACGGGCACCACCAACACGGCCACCACGGCUUCAUCUAACAUGGGUGGAAACCAAACAGGAGAGGUGCAGCAGAGUGUUUGCUCAAAUCCACCAUGUGAGACCCACGAGACGGGCACCACCAACACGGCCACCACUGCCACCUGCAGUAUGGAGACAGAUGAGGGAACAGCCCAGCAGAGUGAAGAAGCUUCAGAAUCUGCCACCAGCACAGAGGGCCUGCCGUCCACUGUUGCGCCCCAGAGCAGAGCCAUCACCACAGUCACACAGGCCACGCCUCUACCCGGACCAGCUGUUCCAUCUAUUUCUUCCAUCACAGAGUCGUCCUCAGAGGCAGGAGUUGAGUCGGUUGUUAUGGAGAGCUCGGAGGCAGAGUCCUUGCAGACAGAAGGCCAGGCUGAAGCAGAGGCAGUUGCUAUGCAGGCAGGGUUGGAGGCAGAAGCGGAGGCAGUAGCUAUGCCUAGUGACUUCCAGCCGGAGGCAGUGGCCUUGCCAAGUGACUUCCAGGGAGAAGCCAUGGCGGAAGCGAUGGAGGCAGAGAGCCAGGCGGAGGCAGAGGCAGUGCCCAUGGAGCAUGACGCUUCUAGCAUGGCAGGGGGAGAAACCGCUCAGGAGCAGCUACCAACAGCAGAGAUGGAGGGUGUAGAUGCAGCAUCAGCAUCACAGGCCGAGGCACUGGCCUUGCCACCAGAGCUGAUGUCAGACGUACAGCCCACAACGCUGAUGGUGACUGGUCUGACCCCAGAGGAGCUGGCUGUUACGGCAGCCGCAGAGGCAGCGGCCCAGGCUGCAGCGACAGAGGAGGCCCAGGCCCUUGCCAUCCAGGCUGUACUACAAGCAGCACAGCAGGCUGUUAUGAGCUCAGGUGACGGAGAUGCUGGAGAAGACCAGCAGACCCACACCAUACCCAUCGUUCUGACCCAGCAGGAACUGGCGGCUUUGGUUCAGCAGCAACAGCAGCUUCAGGCAGCCCAGCAACUAGCCGCUGCCCAGGCCGCACUGCCCACAGAAGGCCUGGCUCCAGCUGACAGCCUAAAUGAUCCCUCCUCAGAAAGCAAUGGACACAACGAGAUGGCCGCCGCUGCCACAAGUGCAGUAGUCGGACUACUGCCUCGCACCACAGCAGAGACCUUGGCUCCAUCCAGCACAUUAGCACCUGUUGUAGUUUCCAGUCCAGCUAAGAUGCAGGCAGCUGCAGCUCUCACUGAAGUGGCCAAUGGCAUUCAGGCUGGGAGACAAAAUCCUCCCACUGUUACAGUCAAGCCUCAAGUGAAGAAAGAAAACCAGUGGUUUGAUGUUGCCAUUGUUAAAGUGACCAAUAUGGUUGUAACACAUUUCUACAUGCCUGCAGAUGACUCCACUUAUGUUGAGGAUGAUUCAGGCACAAUCCCUGACUACAGCCAGAUGAAGAAGGUGGAGCUUCAGCCCGGGACCGCCUACAAGUUCCGUGUGGCGGGUAUAAACACUUGUGGCCGUGGAGCCUUUUCUGAAAUAUCGGCUUUCAAGACUUGUUUACCAGGGUUCCCGGGGGCACCAUGUGCCAUAAAGAUCAGCAAGAGUCCAGACGGUGCCCACCUUACAUGGGAGCCUCCAUCGAUGACAUCAGGGAAGAUCACAGAAUACUCAGUGUAUUUGGCCAUCCAGAGCAGCCAGACCACCGAGGCGAAACCCUCGGCCCCGGCCCAGCUUGCCUUCAUGCGUGUGUACUGCGGGCCAAACCCCUCCUGCCUGGUUCAGUCCUCCAGCCUGUCCAACGCCCACAUAGACUAUACCACCAAACCUGCUAUCAUCUUCCGCAUCGCCGCUCGCAACGAGAAAGGUUACGGGCCUGCUACGCAAGUGCGAUGGCUGCAAGAGUCUAACAAAGAUGGCCUUUCUGCAAAGCCUGCCCCAAAAAGAGCAGUUUCUUCACCAGAUGCGAAAGGGAUUGGUCAGAAGAAAGCAAGAAUGGACCAAUAAGCCCCUCUCUCCAUUCAUCCUCCAAGACUAGGAAGACUUACACUACUCAAAGCGCUCCACUGUCUGGAUUCAACUGUAACCAUCUGUUAAAACAGCAAAAAAAACAACAAGGAAGUAAUUUCUAGGGAAUGCUUUUUUUCUUGUUAAUAGUAUGAAUGGAGAAAAGCACAUUGCAUAUUUUUGAGUAUUUUUCAACAUAGCUGGAGUGGGAGGGAAAAAAAACUAAUUUGCAUUUUCCAUUGUAGUCUUCCUUUCUCCCCCAUUUCUUUCAGUACAUGUAUCUUGCUUCAGUGAAUUCAAAUACCAGUUUUAAGAUAUUUGUAAUGUUCAUUCUGUCAGUUGGGCUCAAAUGAAGUGACCCUUUUCUGUGAUGGACUUCAGGGUGAAGUUUUAGUUCACAUUAAAUAUGUGGACAUGGCGGGAGGAUUUCUGAAUGCAGAUGAGUCAUUUUCAUGUGAGGGGAACAGAAAUGGGGAAAACAAACCAAGCACUUGUCCUCAGACAAGAGGGGAUUUUUUUCACUCAAAUGGCUAUGUGAAAUAAGAUCUGCGUACGGAUUUGUUCUGGACUCAAGCCUUCUGGUGAAGUCUGCACUUUUGCGUUAAGCAGAAUUAGAGGCAGAACUGCAGAUAAAGAAAUGGCCAUGGAAGAAGUACAUUACCGGUAGGACAGAGACUUUGCUAAAACAGAUUUGCCAUACAAAAAAAAAAAAUUGAAAAAAAAAUUGAAAAAUGCAAAACUUCACAAAAAAUUAGUGAGCGACGAUGGAGAAGAUCUUUUGUGUAGUUUAUUUUUGUAUUUUUAAAGCUUUCCUCCUGUGUGUAUGUGUAUGUCUGUGUGCUUUUUUUUUAACUCACAACUUUUUAUUUUAUUUUUUUUGUUUUAAAAAUUAUUGGCCAUCCAACUUUGGUUUAAGGAUUUGUGGGAUGAAAGGCUUUUGGAGGGCUGUGCUGUUGUCAAGUACUUUCACACAUUGUAUUUGUGCUCAAGCCGAGUGGUGAUGUGCAACAACUGAAAAGGAUGUAAACGAAUGUAAACAUCUGAAGGGCUUUUACUUUGUUUACUGAGUUUUUCUAUGCUUGUUUCCACUCUUUUUGUGUAUGCCAAACAUUGAGAUGUAAAAAUCGUAUUAUUUUUUUUCCAAUUCCUCACUUUACCACACCGCCAUUAUUAGUAAACACCCAGCUUUUUCCCUUUC